AUGGCGACAAAAGGAUCUAGUAAACUAUAUACUAUUUCUGAUUUAUGGAGUGGUCUUGAAGAUAUUCGUGAUCAAGUCAAUCAACAAAGUAUCCGUCUCUUCAGAUUACUUCAACUUGAGUCCUCAAAUUUACUUGCUCCGCUUGUCGAAGGUAUCACAUGGGACCCAUACACCCGAGAAAUGCUGCCUGAUCACUUGCAUGAUCAGAUCCAAUUCUGUACAAUUAGUUUAAAUAGAUCAUAUUUAUCUAAAUAUUUGAUCGCAUUGCUGAGUUAUGGAGGAGUUCCAAAUGAAUUCUUCAUGGAUGUACUUAAAAGAAAUUUAGAAGAUGCAGACCAUAUCUAUACCAAACUGGGUACUGCCCUCACAGUUUCUGUCAACCAUGGUGAGAUGGAUGAUUACAAUGCUGCAGCAAUGAUUUUAUGUGGGAUCCCUCUUGAGGAACUGUUUCUACAGUAUCACCUGAAUAUACUUGUAAAAGCGGAAAAGAACAGGCUUGGAGAAGGGAAACUAUACUUAGAAGAUUGUUUCUACAUGAUGGGGACCGUUGAUCCCACUCGUACCCUUAAACCCAAUCAAGUCUGCAUUAUUCGGUAA